AGCAUUUAAAAGGAUUGAAAUUCCAAAAAAAUUCCAUCCCUUUAUAACUGGUGGUCAUAAUGAAAAACUCAAUAGUUUAAUGAAAGAAACUGGUGUUAAAAUCCAUGUUCCUCCUCCAUCUGCCAACAGAGAUGAAAUUACAAUUACUGGAGAUAAAGAAGGAGUUCAAUCGGCUAUUGAAAAGAUAAAAAAUGUUUAUACAAAAAUGGAAAAUGAAUCAGCAACUGUGUUUGUUGAGAUACCAAAAGAGAAACAUAAAUAUUUAAUGGCUCAAAAAGGAAAUGGUAUUCAAGAUAUAUUAUUGGAAACUAAUGUUAGUGUGAACAUGCCUCAACAAGAUUCAGACAGUGAAACCGUUACAUUAAGAGGGUUAAAUAAGGAUUUAGGCACUGGGUUAACAAAGUUGUGUGAAAAAGCUAACAGUAUGACUGCUGAAACAAUUGAGUGUCCUGGAUGGAUGCACAGAUUUUUGAUCGGAAAAAACGGUUCAAAUUUACGAGAGUUAAUGGAAGAUAAUAAAAAGGUAUAUGUUGAAUUUUCUGAUGAUAAUAAGAUAAUUGUGGAAGGACCCACAAAUAUGAUUCCUAAGAUAAUCGAUUCAUUAAGAAAAGCUAUUGAGUGCUAUGCUUCUACAGAACUUGUGUUUGAUCCAAAGUUUUACAAGCAUAUAAUUGGAAAAAAUGGAAGCAAUAGUAAGUUGAUAUUUUAA